UUGUCUUUAAGAGCCGUGACUUGUGACUCGCGUUCCUGAACUUGCAGGACUUAGUGUGGGCGGAGCUUUAGACGUGGUCCCUUCCGCGACCGAGAUGGCUAAAUCUGGGUGUCCGCCUGCUUUACCUCCAGGAAGCAGAAUUUAAAGUCAAAGGGGGACGCCGUACUCACGUCAAUGAUUUCCCAAGUCAAUGUCAAAUAUCAGGACUUAGACGGGGGCACACCAUUUCGUCGCUAUAAAACCGAAUUCUCACCUGCCCAAACUAACUCGACCUGACAUUACAAGGUUAGCGCGUUGACUCCCGAGUUGUUGGCGUUUAUCUGAGACUCUUUAUUCAGCAAACCCUCGGUAAGUCUCUUUGGACUUUACUAACAGCAUGACUGGCAGUGCCACGAGACUUGAUAACGCAGGUGCUGAUAGCAGCGGAAAGAUGUGUUGCUGUCUGCCGUAAGCUAAUUACCAUGGAUAGUCUGUGUCCCCAAACAAUUCCCAAAGUGGGAAUUAUUUUUGUUGACACUCUAUUACGGAAUUAGUUUGCUACUGCCCUGAAUGUAACCUGAACCGUCAGGGUAUAGUCAAUUCACUCGAUUCAGGGAUUUAUAAUUGGCCCAAAAUCCUCAACCUGAAUACAGUACUCUUUACUGUUCAAACACAACAGUAUCAGUCACUGUUUCUCUUUUAGCGCUUGACAAACAAAGGAAUCAGCAUGGGUAUCAAACUAAAUGUGAGUUGUACUAUUUCAUACAUUCUAGUGGACAUAAUUAUCGCCACACUCCUAUAUAUUCACGGAUCACAGUUUCACAUUUUUGUGGAAGAUGGUUUGAACUUUAGCAUUCUGCAGUCAACACUGGACGUCUGGGGGACUGUGCUGCUUCGAUCUUCUCUCCUCCUGGGUGCAUCUAUUGGAGUGCUAUGGAACAGAGAAGAUGGCCCAAAUAGGGUGGCUAGACUCACCACCAUCGUCCUCUUAGUCUGUCAGACCAUUAUAACAUAUACUCUGGCCAAGCUGCUGAUGCUCAGUGAACUUGAGUCGCUAGCUCAUCGUCCUUGGUCUUUGAGUCUGAUUUGCUGGACCUGUUUUUCCUCCUUGGGAGUUCUCGGGGUGUGGUGGGUUCUAGGGAAGGAAAAUAUCAGUGAAUUGGGACAUUGUGAUGACACUGAGAACUUGCUUCAGCCUGAGGGUGAAGAGGAGGAAGAUGGGGUAUGCAUUGAGGGGAAAAACAAUAGUGAGAAGAAUGAAACAGAGAAGACCACCACUGGGGCUACGCUGGGACGUCUACUGAGCUACACGAAAAAAGAUGGGGGACUGUUAACUGUAGCUAUCAUCUUCCUUGUCAUAUCUGCUGUGUGUGAAGCCUUCAUUCCUUACUACUAUGGGAAGGCGAUCGAUAGCAUUGUGGUUCACCAUAGCAUGGAAUACUUUGCUAAACCUGCCAUCACACUGACAGUCUUGGCCUUCACCAGUUCAGUUGCAGUUGGAGUGCGUGGCGGAGUGUUUACACUCACAUUUGCACGAUUAAAUCUUCGGUUCAGAAACCAUCUCUUUAGAACUCUGAUGAGGCAGGAUAUUGGCUUUUUUGAUGAGAACCAUACAGGUGACAUCACGUCACGUCUGUCAGCUGACACCACCCAAGUGAGUGACCUCAUCUCCCAGAAUAUUAAUGUGUUCUUGAGGAGCACCAUCAAGGCUGUUGGGUUUCUCAUUUUCAUGUUUGGAAUGUCCUGGAAGCUAACCUUAGUGAAUAUGAUGGGACUUCCUUUUAUAGCCCUUCUUUCCGAGUACUAUGGCAAUUACUACAAGAAACUAACUAAAGAGGUUCAAACAACUCUUGCAAAGGCUAACAAAGUUGCGGAAGAAACCAUUUCAGCCAUGAAGACAGUACGAAGCUUUGCCAAUGAACAUCGAGAGGCUGACUCCUACUAUGACAAGCUGGUUGUCAUGUACCAUCUGAACAAGAAACAAGCCCUGGCAUAUGCCUGUUAUAUGUGGUCCAGUUGUAUAUCAGAGCUCGCUCUGGAGGUUACCAUCCUCACCUAUGGUGGCCACCUUGUGGUGACUGGUCAGAUGGAAAGCAGCCAGUUGUUAUCCUUUUUCAUAUACAUGCUUGAAAUGGGGGAAUGUUUGGCGAACAUUGCAUCAGUUUACUCAGGCCUCAUGCAGGGCGUAGGAGCUGCUGAAAAGGUUUUCGAGUACUUAGACCGAAAACCCAAACACCCACCAGAUGGUACAGAUAGUCUGGAGACAUUCACUGGUCUGGUAGAUUUUCAAGACAUCACAUUUUCCUACCCUACUCGACCAGAGAUUGAAAUUCUCAAGGGAGUGUCAUUCACUCUUAAGCCUGGCGAGGUGACCGCCCUGGUUGGACCUUCAGGCAGUGGAAAGAGCUCUUGCGUCAACCUAUUGGAAAACUUUUAUGUUCCCCAGCAAGGUCAAGUCCUGCUGGACGGAAAGCCUGUUCACACCUUCAAUCAUGGAGACCUCCAUUCUCGGGUGGCGCUUGUAGGUCAAGAGCCGGUGCUUUUUGCCAGAACAAUAGAGGAGAACAUCACUUAUGGGCUGACUGAUGUCCCCAUGGAGGCUGUCAUACAGGCAGCCAUAAAGGCGAAUGCCCAUGAUUUCAUCAUCGGCCUGCCCCAUGGCUAUCAAUCAAGUGUUGGCGAGAAAGGCGCACAGUUGUCAGGUGGGCAAAAACAAAGGGUGGCCAUUGCAAGAGCUCUUGUCCGACAACCUCGUGUUCUUAUCUUAGAUGAAGCGACCAGUGCCUUGGAUGCAGAGAGUGAACAUAUUGUACAGCAAGCUCUGAACAACAUCAUGAGGGAGCACACAGUCUUAGUUGUUGCACAUCGGCUCAGUACCGUGGAGAGGGCAGACAGCAUCAUUGUGAUUGAUAAGGGCUGUGUGGCUGAACAGGGAUCUCACAGUCAACUGAUGGCCAGUGGGGGGUUGUACUACAAACUGGUGCAGCGACAGGUUCUGGGCAUAGAGACAGGGGAUGAAGUACUGAAUCAUUCAGAGAAUUCCUCUUGGAAAGCUGAUGGAGGACACCAGCGUAGCAGACAAAGCAGCAGUGCAACCGCUUCCUCCAGCUUUCCCCAGAUGUUCCCAACAAAACUGAAACACCUAGUGUCUCCAGUGUGUCCUUGGUCAUCCCUGUGUUCUCCUCCUGUUGGGACAUGCCCGGAACACCUCACAAGAGCGGCAUCCCAAACGUCUGAGCCACCUCAUCUAGCUCCUCUCAAUGCAAAAGAGCAGAGGCUCUACACUGAGUCCCUCCCGGAUGACCGAGCUUCUCACCCUAUCUCUAAAAGAGAGCCUGGACACCCAUCUGAGGAAACUCAUUUCAGCCGCUCAUGUAUUGUUCUUUCUGUCACAACCCACAGCUCAGGACUAAAGGCGAGUGAAGGAACGUACAGUGAAGAAAAUAAGUAUUUGAAUACCCUUCUAUAUUGCAAGUUCUCCCACUGAGAAAUGAAUACCAGC